AUGCUCGAUAACGGAAUAGUCAGACCAUCGGAAAGCCCGUGGUCUUCACCACUACAUUUAGUCCCUAAAAAAGAUAAUGGCUGGCGUCCCUGCGGAGACUAUAGAAUGUUGAAUGCCCGUACUAUACCCGAUAGGUAUCCAAUUAGGCAUAUUCAGGACUUCGCACACAGUAUUUCAGGCUGUACCAUCUUUAGUACACUUGACCUUGUCAGGGCCUAUAACCAAAUACCGGUCCAUCCUGACGACAUUCCAAAAACCGCAGUAACAACACCUUUCGGCCUGUUUGAAUUUGCUUUCAUGAAUUACGGUUUGAAAAACGCGAGCCAAACGUUCCAGAGGUUCGUAGACGAAAUGACUCGGGAGUUAGACUUUUGUUAUUGCUACUUAGAUGAUUUUCUAAUAUUUUCAAAGGACGAGGCUCAACAUGAAGUACAUUUACGUAAAAUAUUUAGCAUACUUAAGGGAUAUGGCAUGUUAAUAAACACGUCUAAGUGCGUUUUCGGUGCCCGAGAAAUAUCUUUUUUAGGAUAUAGCAUCUCGGUGUCAGGCACCAAACCACUUGACUCGAAAAUCGAAGCCAUUAAAAAAUUUCCAUUGCCUACUGACGUACGUCAGCUACGACGUUUCUUAGGCAUGAUCAAUUUUUACAGGCGCUUCUUGCCACGUAUGGCAGAAAAGCAAGCGCCACUUAACAAUUUAUUAAAAGGCGUGCUGAAAAAUAAACAGCCAAUCAUUUUAUCAGGCGAAUCUUUAAAGGCUUUCGAAGCCUGCAAAGAAAGUCUUUCUGACGCUGCAUUGUUAGCGCAUCCCGAUUGCCAGGCAAAAUUCGCUCUUGUCACAGACGCUUCGGACAAGGCAAUAGGAGCUGUAUUACAACAGCUGAAAGACGACGCAUGGCAGCCCUUAGCUUUUUUCUCACGCAAACUUAGCACGUCUCAAAAAAAAUAUUCACCUUAUGACAGGGAGCUUCUGGCAAUAUAUGAGGCAAUCAAAUAUUUUCGCCACAUGCUGGAAGCUAGAAAUUUUAUAGUGUACACUGACCAUAAGCCGAUCAGUUUCGCAUUUCACGAACGAAAAAGAAACUGUUCUCCUAGGCAGUACAGACACUUGGAUUAUAUAUCUCAAUUCACCACAGACAUCCGACACAUUUCUGGCAAGGACAAUGUUGUUGCCGACACUUUGUCCCGGGUUGAAGUUUUGGAACCUCCGAUAGACCUCGAAGCUUUAGCGAAAAGUCAGGUUUCUGAUCCCGAGUUAGAAAAGCUUAUCCGAGAAGGCUCUUCACUGCGUCUUGAAAAAUUAACCAUACCUGGAAGCCGUAUUUCAUUAUACUGUGACGUCAGUACACGACUUCCAGGCCGUUCGUGA